AUGAUUUCGUUUCCUUUUACCCUCUCACUCGCGCUACUUGGGCUACUCUUCUGUGUGUCUGCACUGCCCGUAGUGCCGCCAUCGCAGGCCCCUCUCUCUGUGCCUUCAGAAACGUUUCAUCCGAAGAGGGAUGCGCAAGUCCUCAUUUUGGGAGGCGGCGUCGCUGGCGUUAUCGCGGCCCGUACGCUGCAUGAGCAGGGGGUCACCAACUUUAUCAUAGUCGAAGCGCGUAAAGAGCUCGGCGGACGCAUGAUGAGUCAUGCUUUUGGAGCCCCGGAUCAUCAGUAUAUCGUGGAACUGGGGGCAAAUUGGGUGCAAGGUACGAAGACUGGGAACGGUAUUGAGAAUCCGAUUUGGGCGCUGGCCAAGAAGCAUAACGUUACUACGCGGCCGAAUGACUAUUUCAACAACAUAGCUACAUAUGAUGAUACUGGCGCUGUCGACUUUCAAAGCGAUGUUCAAGCCUCUAAAGAAGCGUUUCAAAGAUUAAUCGCAUCGGCAGGCCGCCGGGUCCCAAAGCGACUGGUCGACAUGACUGCGCGCAGCGGAUACUCACUGACCGGAUCCCUGCCGGAGACCCGCUACGCGAGGGCCGCUGAAUAUUAUCAGUUUGACUGGGAGUUCGGGACCACGCCGGAGGAAACAUCAUGGCUGUCUUCAUCUUGGGUACAUGUCAUGGGCUGCUCCUUGAAGGCGCUGGCUCAUAACUACACCUAUGAUCCAGAAUCGGGUGGCUUCUCAUAUGAGAACCUGUUUUCUAUCGAUCAGCGCGGGUUCAAGGCCCUCAUUGAAUAUGAAGCACGUUCUUUCUUGACUCCAGAUCAGCUUCGACUGAAUUCGACCGUCCGACUGAUCUCUUCGUCUCAAAACGGUGCGAUGGUCACGCUGACCGAUGGAACUCGGCUUUGGGCGGAUUAUGCUCUGUGUACGUUUAGCCUGGGCGUCCUGCAGCACAACGAUGUCGUUUUCGAGCCGCAGCUUCCCAUUUGGAAGCGGGAGGCGAUACAUAGCAUGGCAAUGGGUACCUACACGAAGAUCUUCCUCCAAUUUCCGGAGAAAUUUUGGUUUGAUACAGAGAUGGCGCUGUAUGCGGACCAUGAGCGCGGUCGCUAUCCAGUUUGGCAGAGCCUCGAUCAUCCGAGUAUGUUACCUGGCUCCGGAAUUCUGCUUGCAACGGUGACGGGUGAUUUCUCGAAGAGGAUCGAAUCCUUGUCAGACUUCGCAGUCAAAGACGAGGUGCUCACUGUCCUUCGGUCCAUGUUUCCGGACACAUGCAUCCCGGAGCCACUCGACUUCUAUUUUCGGCGAUGGCAUACUGAUCCUCUCUUUCGCGGAUCAUACUCGAACUGGCCUGCGUCGUUCUUGAGCGAGCAUCAGGGAAAUCUUCGUGCGAACGUCGACGAGCGGCUCUGGUUCGCUGGUGAGGCCACAAGCCGAAAGCAUUUUGGAUUCCUUCAUGGUGCCUACUCGGAAGGUCUGGAAAUUGGCCGGACGCUUGCGCAAUGUGUCAAGGGCGGGGGAUGCCUUGGAUUGGAACACAUAGAUCAAGUCAGGAACGCUCGACCAUAUGACGAUGUAUGA